GCAGAUUUGGACCACCAACUAAAACGCAAAGUGGGGUCAUUUGUGGCAUUUUCUGUUGCGAUUGAUGAGAGUACUGAUAUCACGGACGUCGCUCAACUGGCCAUAUUCAUUCGUGGAGUUGACAAGACUUUGAAUGUCACAGAGGAGUUUCUCGAGCUGGUGCCGAUGAUCGACACCACAACAGCUGAGGACAUUUUCAGCUCCGUCGUUGGAGCGCUGGACAGAGUCGGAGCGGACUGGUCACGCGCCGUAAGCCUGGCUACUGAUGGUGCGCCGUCAAUGAUCAGUAAAAAGGCAGGUGUUGUGACAAAGUUCAGAGAUAAAGUACAAGCCGCAAAUGGGGGAGGUAAUUUUUGGACAUUUCAUUGCAUUUUGCAUCAGGAGGCAUUAUGCAGCAAAUCGCUAAGAAUGGAUCACGUCAUGGAGGUGGUUGUCCGAACUGUUAAUUUCAUCCGAGCCAGAGGUCUCAAUCAUCGUCAAUUUGACAGCUUUCUCAGUGACUGUAACAUUAUCCACGGUGUGCCUUAUCACACGAACGUACGAUGGUUAAGCAGAGGUGCUGUGCUAAAGCGCUUCUUUGAUAUACGUGAUGAAAUCGGAAAAUACAUGGAGAAAAAAGGUCAACCUGUUAAGGAAUUACAGUGCCAUCUGUGGCUGCAGGACCUUGCGUUUAUGGUUGACAUCACGGAGCACUUGAAUAUUCUUAACAAAAUGUUGCAGGGACGCAAAAAAAUCGUAACACAGUAUUAUGACAGCAUACGUGCAUUCAAGUUAAAGCUCGGGUUAUGG